AACCGAAUCAUACUCACAACCUCUUCAGCAAGUCAAUCGAGGCACUCAACUCUCCUUCCAGAUGUGGGUGGAUAUGCCCAUGAAGCCCAAGGAAGGACGCCCAAUUCCACUUCCAUAAGAUCGGGCUUGAAGCCCAAUAGCUUGUCCACCUAUAAUUCAGCGCCCGGGAAGAAAUAAAAUCUCUCUACGGUUCUUUGUUCUUUCGACGCUCUCUUCUCUAUCUCUUUUCUUCUCGGCCUUGAAUUCACGAGUGUGAGGGUCGCUGUUGUGACGUGGCUUCAUCAUCCGGUAGAACUACAAAUCUUCUCUCUCUGCUCAACAGAGUUCCAUCAUCACUUUCAGAUCCGGAUCACACCGUAAAAUGGCGUCAACUUUCAGCGGCGACGAGACUGCUCCGUUCUUCGGCUUCCUCGGAGCUGCCUCCGCACUCGUCUUCUCCUGCAUGGGAGCUGCCUAUGGAACGGCGAAGAGCGGGGUCGGAGUGGCGUCGAUGGGGGUGAUGAGGCCCGAGCUGGUGAUGAAAUCCAUUGUUCCGGUGGUUAUGGCUGGUGUGUUGGGUAUCUACGGUUUGAUUAUUGCUGUGAUCAUCAGUACCGGGAUUAACCCUAAGGCCAAAUCUUACUACUUGUUCGAUGGAUAUGCUCAUCUCUCUUCCGGACUCGCUUGCGGUCUUGCUGGCCUUUCCGCCGGUAUGGCUAUUGGCAUCGUCGGCGAUGCUGGAGUGAGGGCUAACGCACAGCAGCCAAAGCUGUUCGUCGGGAUGAUCUUGAUCCUCAUUUUUGCUGAAGCACUGGCUCUGUACGGGCUUAUCGUAGGCAUUAUCCUCUCGUCCCGAGCUGGACAAUCCAGAGCCGAGUGAACAAACAGAGAGCCCAAGUCGCCUUUCUUCCAUGGGUGAUUGUAUCUUUAUUUUGCCUCAUCAUUAUUAUUAUUAUGACAUCAUUUGAUCUUCUAGACUGCCCACGAUUUUUUGUUUAGCUUUCAGUCAGUGUACUGCCUAGACACUAGACAGUUCUGAGUAUUACUUUCCUAUCACGUUAAAUGUACUACUAGAUACAGUUGUCUGUGUGGUAAUAAGUUUCUCUUCUACUUCUGCUCAUUCGUUAUUUAGCUGGAAUAGGGCGAAUUCCAUAUAGCUAUUGAUGAUGCCCAACUUGUGAGUACAUUAUGAGAGCACAAGCUCACUGGGCGCAGUCUGGAGUGUUACAAGGUCCGAGUUACCUGAUUGUGUGCCGUGAUACGACGUCUUUAUCCUCGAGUCAGGGUCCAAAGCUCUUGACUACUAGCAGCCUAAUCUUAGAGGACUAUUCCGAAAGGCCUUGAAUAGUCAUAUCUAUAGUGGCUAGUCCUGAUCCGACCCACCUAGCUACCGAAAAUGCUAUGACCAUAACCUGAUUUCCCCCAAAAGGCUCCAACUAGGGGUGUCAGAUCGGGUUCAGGAUUUUGGGUUAACCUGAAAUUGAACCGAUAUAUGACUUUCGGGUUUCGGUUUUUCGGUUCCAGCUUGAAAUUAUGGCGAAGCGGCUUCGGUUUCACAAAAACCCGAAAACCCGCUGGUCACCCUAAAACCGAAGCAUUCCUCCUUUUCCCCAAAUUUGCUUGCCUCUCUCCCCAAAACCGAAGCGAUUCCUCUUCUCCCUAAAUUUGGCUCCCUCCUUCUCUAGGAACUAGGAAGUUCCCCUCCAAUCUCAGCACUACCGGUCACCGGACGUAUUGUUCAUGAUAUCGUCGGCGAUACGCCUGAUUGUAAACCCAGAUGGAGGUGGCGAGGCGGAGACCCAGACGCGAUCGGAAAGAGAGGGGGAUCUGGAUUAUGAUGAAGGCCGGAAGCGAUAAUGGGUUUCAUGAGACGAUGGCGACGAUGGGUUUCAGGAGAUGAAUGAGACGAUUUAGGAUUCAGAUUGUAUAUGUUCUGUAACCCGAAAUCGAAUGUUCAUCCUCUGCAAACACACAACCAGACGGCGAGACGUCAAAUUUAAAACCCAGACAGAGUGUGGGGAUUCAUUUCUUUCGGGCAAUUGGAAACUCAAACGGAGAUGGCGAGGCGGAGACGCGUGAUUUGAAAGAGAGAUAGAUUUGGGAUUCUGACGAAGGCAAUCAUUGAUGGGUUUCAAGAGACAAGGGUAGUGGAAGCAAUGGAGACACCGACGAGCAGGGAAGAAGAACCCCGGCCUUCAUAUCCUGGUCAAUUCCGUAGGUCCGCGAUUCGUGAUGUGCUCGCCCCGCCAUUGCCAAACGCUCAAACCCCAGCGUCAAUAUGCAGCCGAUCGUAGAGGAAAGAAGCUUCAAUGUUCGGGUUUUCGGGUUUGCUGUGACCAAACCCAAAACUGACAAGGCCCUUUUCGCUUCUCGGUUACCCAAAACCAACAGGUGUUUUAUCAGGUGCGGGUUCGGGUUUCAAAGGCAACGGGUUUUGGGUUUCGGGUCCACUGGGAUUUGGGUUGGGUAAGCGAACUCGAACCGAAACGGCACCCCUAGCUCCAACUGGCCAAAUCAAUCAUAAUCAUAUGCAUUUUGAUUGCGAGUCAUGUUAGAGUAGGGAUGGAAAUGGAUCGGGUUGGGUCGGAUUUUGCCAAACCCAUGGGUUUAUCCGUUAAAAAAUUCGGGGUAUAUCCCAAACCCAACCCGCUGGUUAUCCGCGGGUUCAUGGGUACCCAUGGGGUUUUGUCUUAAGAAAUUUACAAUAACAAG